GCUAGCACCACACGUCCUUGGAAGCGUGAGGCGCGAGCACACACAGUAAGAGCCAGGCGAGGACGCGCCGACUGACACAUUAUACGUGGCCCGAACGAGAGUGCCACACCCUCGCAAUUUGCCUCGUCGCCGAGAGGAGUUGUUGGAAUCAUUGGUCGCGGCUCUAUUCUCUCUCCAGGGCGCUUGCACAUAUAAUGUAUUGAUGAAUCUGACUUCACUACGACCAGGCAACGAGCGGGACCAGGGGGCCACCGGGUACAUCACCGACAGGCUCAGCAGUUUCAACUUGUCUAGCGGUCACCUCGAUUCCUUGGCAGUGUGGGAGGAGGAGUCCCGCAGAGAAUCUCAAAAUCACUUUAGCAGCAGGAGGUACGCUGCCAAUAAUACUCCACAGCCAGUUUCAGGCGAGCAAGUAGCAGCAAGUUCAGGAGGACGAGGCAUGCCUCGUGCAAAGAGAAGAGCUACUACAAACCAUCCUGCUGAGAAUGCGCCUAACUCACCAGAUGAUGCACAGAGGUAUCAGGCUAAAAGAUUUCGCCACACAUCCAGCUCGAGGCGCCACACGAGGACGGACGACGGGGCGCACGAGCGCGGCUUCUCGCAGAAACGCUGCCUCAACUGGUUCCGCGAGUACACCACGGCCAACGAGCCGGAGAUGCUCGGGCCCGACGGCAUGGAGAAGUUCUGCGAGGACAUCGGCGUCGAGCCCGAGAACGUCGUCAUGCUCGUGCUCGCCUACAAGAUGAACGCCCGCCAGAUGGGAUUCUUCAGCCAGGACGAGUGGUUCAAGGGCCUUACCGAGAUGCAGUGCGACUCGGCUGCCAAGGUCAAGCAGAGGCUAGACUAUCUUAGGAAUCAGCUCAACGACCCUUACGCUUUCAAAGGCAUCUACAGAUACGCCUACGACUUUGCAAGGGAUAAGGAUCAGCGAAGUAUGGACGUAGAGACAGCACGGGCGAUGUUGCAGCUGCUUUUGGGUAGGCAUUGGCCACUGUUCUCGCAGUUCGCCAAAUUCUUAGACCAGUCCAAGUACAAAGUUAUUAACAAAGAUCAAUGGUUUAAUAUCCUUGAGUUCUCUAGAACGAUCAGCAAUGAUCUCUCCAAUUACGACCUCGACGGGGCCUGGCCAGUAAUGCUUGACGAGUUUGUCGAAUGGCUGAAAACGCAACAGUGCGAUGAGAAGCAGACGGAGACGAGAAAUAGCUGAAACUCUCGGAAAGAAAGAAAGUCGUCCUUCGGAAACAAUGUGUUUAACCACGCGCGGCCGCCGAUGCGAUAACGACCUUUCUCGUAAAAGCAGAAUAAAAUUUUCUCCUGUAGCUUAUUAUUUUUUUUUCUACCUGUUCAGUUAUAAAACAUUACGUCGUUAUGUGGAUCGACAAUUUAGUUAUCAAGAAAUCUCACGUGCGUAUUGUGUGAUGGAAAUUUAACCGACGACCGGUCGUGACUGUUGCGUGUUCUCGAAUAAUUGUGUUUAAUUUAUGCGUGUAAAUUACUGCGAGCAAUUGUCUCCAUUCAAAAAAAAAAAAAAUAAUUCAUCGACAUUUUCGAAAACAAAAAACCGCUAGCUUUACAACAACGUCUCUGUCAAUGAUAAGACCAAACAAAUUAUAUUUUGCCACGUAUCUUUGUGUAUAUUUAAUGUCUUUAUUUUUUUUAAGUAAGAUUUAUCACUUUUAGAGCAUAAGUAAGGUAUAGAUAGACUAUAAAUAAUUCUACCCUGAUUAAAUUUCUACGAAUUCCAACGUAGCUGUUCAUUAAUUCAUAGUUCUUUUUUUUCUGCAAGCGACAUGAUCAUUUAGCUUCAACUGACUUUUGUUUUGUCGCAAAGAAAAAAAUAAUCAAGUCAUUAAGCAAAAAUGUAACAAAAAAAGAAAAGUCCGAGCGCGGAGUCAAAGGUUCUUAUAAACGAUGCUCCAUGAACUGAGUUCAAAAGCUGUGACUAUUAAAGCAACCGUCAAAGCGUUCGAUAGAAAGAAUGAAGUUUUCGUUCGAGAGUUUGAGAAAGAUGUUUUCUACCGAACUAAUUUCUCGCUUUCGGAGCACCUAUUAGUUAUUAAGGUUCAUUAUUUUAUACAAUCCACACGGUAUAAGAUUUGUUGAAGUCUAAUCUUAUUGAGAAUCAAAAAGUAACAUUUAUUUUUCUUUCUUUUUAUUUUGAAAGUAUGUUACGUGAAGAUUCGUUAAUGACGAGACAAAGCAAGUAUAGUUUUUCAAUGUUAUAAUAUUCAGCUGUCAAAGCACAAUCGAGGAACUUUUAAUAUAGCUUUUGGUCUUUUUGUAUUAAAUUUCAUUUUAAAGGACCUUAAAUACUUUUCUAAAUAUCUAAAUUUAUUGGAUGCGUAAAGCUAAUUCAUUUGUAUAAAUUUGAUCUUGGACAAAUUGUAUGAUAAUUGAAGUGAAAUAAAACUUUUCUGCUGCUUUUUUUACUAAAUUAGCUUAUCAAUUGUUUAUUUUACAUUACAGUCAUUUGAAUGACUUUAAAGUGGAAACUGAUUGAAAGAUCGACUUGUAUGUAUGUGA